AUGGUGGAAAUUUUCUUUAUUGUUUUUAUAGGUGCGCUAUUCCGAGAUGAAAUUGCAAUCAGUGUCCAAAGUCAAUCGUCUGUAUCUCGUUGGAAGAAGCUUGGUUUCGAAAAUGUCUAUACAAACAAUAAUGAAAUGCUGAAACAUCAUGGCAACGGUAUUGUAUUUUUGGCGAUCAAACCUCAGCAACUUGACUCUGUGAUGGAGGAAUUAAGUGUUGAAAGUCUGCAUCGAACAAAGAUACUGGUGUCAAUCAUGAGUGGUAUCAAUAUCGAAACUCUGCAGAAACACGCUUCACAGAAAGGAGGCCAAGGCACAAGAGUGCUCCGUAUGAUGCCGACUAUCCCUGCUUCGCUCGGUGCUAGUGCAUCAGCGAUUGCCGCUGGUAAAUCUACUCCUCAGUCUCAGGUUGACGUUGUGGCGUAUUUAGCUGAAUGUGUUGGAAGGUCUUUUGUGAUCGCCGAAAAAUGCUUCGAUGUGGCAACUGCUGUUACUGGAUGUGGAACUGCUUCUGUGUUCACAAUGAUUGAGGCGUUAGCUGAUGGCGGUGUGCUGGGUGGCUUGCCUCGUUCAACAGCUCUCGCGCUGGCAUCUCAAACUAUUAUGGGUGCUGCAAAGAUGGCGCUCGAAUCAGACGAACAUCCAGCAAAACUCAGAGAUAAUGUCUGCUCACCGGCUGGUAUUACAAUUUGUGGUGUGCGCGAAUUGGAGCGGCACGGAGCCCGAUCUGCACUCAUUGAAGCUGUAAACGCCUCAACACAACGUUCCAAGGAGCUUUCGCAACUUUAG